AUGACCACCGAUGAAAAGCCCAGAGUCGCUUACAUAUGGUCGCAGGAGCUUCAAGAUGUAUCCGAUGACCUGCCUUCAAACAUCGGUCGAUCUAGCAUGGUCCACGGAUUGGUCAAAGCUUUGAACCUCCUCAACGAUGAUACCGCCGACAACCGACUCACAAAUGGUGAUGACAACCCAAACAGAGCAACUGUCUUCGCUCCUGAUGAAGACCUGGGUUCGGAACAAUGCUUGUUGAAAUACCAUGACCAGUCAUACAUAGACGCUCUCAUGAAGUACCGAGCGACCUCACCUCCUUCCUACGACCCUACUGCUCCUCGAGAUACACCCUCAACCUCCUCUCAACCUCCACCGGCUAAACGAGCAAGAACGAAGGGACCACACCCGCAAGAGUAUCGAGAUAUGGACGUAUACAAUUUGUCGCAUGAUAAUCCACCUUUCCCAAAUUUACCUAGAUAUAUCACCUUGGUCGCCGCGGCAACUUCUACCGCGUGUAGGCUGUUGGUCCAAGAUGAAGCUGAUUUUGUAAUUUGCUGGGAUGGCGGAAGACAUCAUGCGAAGAAGAGCGAGGCGGGAGGUUUCUGCUAUGUUAAUGAUCUUGUUUUGGGUCUGUUGCUCUUGUCGAGAGAAGGGAAAGUACCUAUACCUUCAAAUAACGGUAGGAAGAAGACUAGACCACCUAGGAUAUUAUAUCUGGAUUUGGAUUUGCAUUAUUCAGAUGGAGUAUCAUCAGCUUUCCAUUCUACUAAAGAAUACCCUGAUCCCAUGCCUCCAAAGAACCCUCCCAAACCACCUUCGGUGAUGACUUUCUCAAUUCACCACUCUGCGACAGGUUUCUAUCCACCUGCAACACCUUGGGCGGAACUCGCCAAUCCAUGGUUACCUACCCCUUUCUCCCUAUCUGUACCCCUCGCAGCAUACCCUUCUUCGAAAACGUAUAAAACCUUGUGGGAAGGAUGCGUAGAACCAAUAGUGAAAGAGUGGGAUCCAGAUUAUAUCGUCUUGCAAUUAGGCUCAGACGGCCUGCCUGGUGAUAGAGUAGGUCAGUUCGGCAACUGGUCGGUGGAAGAAGAAGGUGGAAUGAAAUGGUGUAUCGAGAAAGUAAAAAAAUGGGGCAAGAAAACUUGUGUAACAGGUGGUGGGGGUUAUAAUCAUCCGAAUACAGCCAGAGCGUGGGCUGCCGUCACUGCUUCGCUGCUCGACCGUCCGACAAACGGCGAAACGCCUAUACCUCACCAUGAGCAUUUCGAAGAAUACGCUCACUCAUUCACCAUGGAAGUCCCUCAAGGACAUAUGGAAGAUCAGAACAAGCAGAAAUAUCUGGAUCACGCAUGUGAGGAUUUCGGUUACAUAUCAACUAGAAUAAAAGAUAUCGUAGCUUCGAUUCUACGUUAG